GAUCAAGUACGAAGGAAGUUUAUGUGCGAAGGGUGAGAAGGUAUGUGGUUCCUUAAAAAUAUUAGAUUCAAUUGUUAUAACGUAUAUAUGGCAAUUAUUAUUAAUUUAAAAGAUGAAAGAAGAUAAAUACGUUACAAAUAUAUAUGUCAUUUAAUAAAGUUCAUAUCUCGUAUCCCAUUUAUAUCACACCUCUUCAUUUAUUCCUUGCCCUAAUUUCCGCGCCCAAAAGAAGCCAUCAGAUUAGAGAUUGAUUUUGAAAAGGCAAUCGUAUUUUACAAGAUAUUUCGAUGUAAUCAAAUUCAACGUUAUUUCAAUUUCUGCUUGAAGGGUUCAUAACGAGCUUCAUCAAUUAUUUAGGAUAUCAACCACGCAUUGGAUGCAUCUCUUCCCGGCCAUAAUUUUCGCCCAAAAAAAACCCUUCAGGAUGGAAAUUGAGAAACAAUAAUCGAUGGUUUUUAAUUGCCGAUUGGAUAUGAUUAAACUCAAGAUAUUGGGUAUAAUCAAAUUAUUGUUUAUGUGCUAAGAGCUUUAACUUCUGCUGUAAGGGUCCAUAACGAGCUUCAUAAUUUCGGGAUGGAAAUUGAUAAAGAAGAAUCGAUGGUUUUUAAUUGGAGAUUGGAUAUGAUUAAAUUCAAGAUAUUCUACUACGGAUUUUUCUGGUAUAAUGGUUCUAUAAAGAUUCAUUGGCUUGAUAAGCUACAUAAAGAGUUUCUAGUCGGAGGGUUCAUGCCAAAAUUUAGCAAUCAGCCAUAAUUUCAUCUGUGUUUUGCUCUGGAGUUAGAAAUUUUGGACUUAUGGAGUCUGUAAGUGUAUCGGAACCUCAUCCAGACUCACAAAGGAAACAGAGCGAACACACUACAGUCAUUAACAACAAAGACAUUUCCAUCAACAAUGAAAUGGAAUCCAAUAUAUCAAAAUCAAAAAAAAGCAGGACAAAGUUUACAUCAGAUUUUUAUUCUCGAAAGCGUCCAAAUGAUGAUGAUGAUGAUGAUGAUGAUGAUGAUUUUGUAAACCCGCAACCUGUUACAAUUCCGUUACAAAAGAUCGUGAAAAAGCAAACUAGAAUGGCAAAUCCAGGAAAAGUGGAAGAUUCCUUAAGAUAUUUGAACACCAGGUUCCCUCCGGAACACAUUACCAAAACCAUGGCAUUGCUGAACAAUGAUCAAAGAAAGUGUGUAGAGUCUAUUGGUUUUGGAUCCGCUUUAAAUAUACAAUUAGAAAAACUGCCGCGUAGGAUAUGUUAUUGGGUUGUCGACAACUAUGACCCAAAUACCAAUUCGAUUCGUGUAAAGGACAAGAGACUUGUUGUGACAAGGGAGACGGUACAUGAUAUAUAUGGGAUUCCAAUGGGUGACAUGCCAAUGUCUAACCCUUGUAGAGCAAACUCUAGAAACAAGUUUGUCAAACUUUGGAAAUCCCAAUUUCCAAAAUCAGUCAAACGAAUACGACUAACACACGUUGUAGACAUGAUACAAAAGGACACAAAUGUUGGUCCUUUUUUUAUUAUGAAUUUUCUUGUGUUGUUUGUAUCUGUGAUGAUUGAGUAUCCAACGAUGGGGACUGUCAAUCAAGGAUUCUUGGAGAAUAUUCCAGAUGAUAUGGAUAUCAAACAAUUAGACUGGUGCGGAUUUGUUGUAGCAUGUCUGAAAUCAAGUCGUAUGAUGUGGAGAAGAUUGGACGAUAAGUGCGUUUACAGUGGUCCCAUUGUAUUUCUUUUGUUGUUUUACCUUAGUUGCACAAAAGUUGAGGAUGCCACAUUUCAAAGUCCAACUACUGGAAUGAUGUAUUGGACAACAGACAUGUUAGAUAAGAGGGAGUUAGAAGAGUUGUCUAAAGGAGGUUUCGGAAAUGUAAUCAUAUCAUCACAACACAUGAGCAUGAACCACACUAAACAAGAAGAUGGCGAGGACGAUGAUGCUGCUGGAUCUGAAAGAGAUUGUAAAUCUCCUGCUGGUUUUAUUGAACAUGUAGUUCAAGAAACAUCACAAAGUGAAAAUGAUGCAGAUAACAACUUGAAGGAUAUUAUGAGCGAAAUUAACAUCGAAUUCAAUGCAUGCGACAAUGCAAUGCGAGCUAUACAGAAGUUGUUGAUGCAAGGUGUAAAGAAGUUUCCAGAUUCUGUCGAACUGCGCAUGUUAGUAACUAAAAGGCAUCACGAAUUCAAUCUGGCUUGGCCAGAUUUUUCAACAUCUGUUGACUCUCAUGCUGGGACAUUUUUCAAUGGAGCCGCGACACCUGUUAUGCCAGUCCGAGAUAAUACAGCUGAAACUAAAGUUGAUCAGUUUACGGAAGCUCAAAUGGCAGAUGAGCCACUUAUUGAUGUUGUGUGUACACCUUUUACACAAAUUCUUAAUGCAGAUGCUUUUGACAUGAUGUUAGAAUCGGCAUUUGCGACCUCUACAAGGCUUUCAACUCCAUCGGAUCAUGUCGAACCAAAUAUCAAAAUUGAUGAUGUAAACGCGGUUCCUGUUACUAUUGUGGCACCAAGACGGACAUCAAGAUUGGUGGUUAGUCCUGUCACUGUUGUGGCACCAAGACGGACAAGAAGAUUGGUGCAACUAACCGAGAAAAUUAGAUCACCUUAUUUUAAUAGGGUCGUUGAUCCAAACAAAGUUCUUAGACCAAUCGAGGACAGAGUGUCCGGUUGGAUUUUCGCAGGGCUGGACGAGGAAUGGGAUCUUGUAUUUGAAUCAACUUUUGGAGAUAGCGGACAUAGGGGAAUUUUUGAGAGUAUGAUUCCUGGAUCCAAAAUCCAUGUAACAAUAUUAGACAUUUGGGCUACUCUUCUAAACCAUCAGGAACUACGCAGAAAUAAGAAGUCACCAUCAAGGAUGUUUUUAUCCUGCACACUUCUGAGCAACUUCAUACUGGAUGAGGCGAUUUGUAUUGAGCAGCGAUACAAAAGGUUUGUUGAUCGCAUGAAUGAGCAUAUCGAAAAAUUCAAACAAUGCACAAGCUUCAAAGAUGUGGACCUUGUAUUCUUCCCCGUGCUUGACAAUGAACAUUACUACCUUAUUGUCUUUGAUUUCAUAAAAUCCGAAUGUGUAAUCAUAGACAACAUUUACCGUGAAGAGUCGAUUGAAGUGCUUUAUGGAAACGUGCCUAACGAUCUGAAAAUAUUGUUUACUCUGUACAUUGAUGCUUGGAAUCAUCCAAGAAGAAAUUCAAUGAAGAGUGCAAUCAUAGUUCGAUCGUCUAUGGAAUGGAUGACAAAGGAAAACUACAUAGAUUGUGGGUUAUUCCUUAUGAAACACAUGGAAACAUAUAAAGGUGGGGAUCCGAAUAAAUGGAUUGUGGGUUUGGAGCCUGAAUUCGCAGACAGUGAUGACCAACAAAUACAACUAAAUGAAUUGAGAAAGAAGUAUGUUACAAAAAUUUUGACAUCAGAUUUGAACAUUAUCAAACCAUCUCUCAACAGAAAGUUAGCAUCAUACGAUAAGUUAUCUGAUGCGGAGAAGGAAAACUUGAACACUGAAGAACAUCUCCAACGCAUUGAGCGCAGAAUCAGUUUGUUUUAUUAGAUUUACAUUAAGCUUUGAACCAUGUCUUACACUAUUUUUACUUUUGUUUUGUUGUUUGGUUUGACAAUAAUAUUAUUUACGUUUGUCUCAUCUAAUUUUAAGUGACCAAUCUUCAAUUACAAUA